UUCCCCCAAAGUCGGACAAAGGGUUGAUGCGGUCUGAAGAUGCCAUGUUACACGUCGCCCCCAGAGCCUCACCCCACGGCUAGACUUCGCCCCCAUCCUCCUUCUCCCCACUUGGAACGCAAACCCUCAGAGGCAGCCGAAUCGGGGUUCAUACUUGAGCCCCGGGCACGGGGACGCCCGCGAAAGUGGUGAUCGGCGUGUGUGCCCGAAGGCUCGAGGCACUUUGUGGCGGGGGGGAUCCCGCUUCGCGACAGCCUGCGAGGGCCGAAAGGGUCGAGGCUGUGGUCUGAUUUUUGCUUCGACAAAAAAGUACUAUGUAGGAAAGUGCAGGGCGGUCCAGAUGAGGCGUAAUCUUAGAGGCAAUCAAACGACGCAUGGGGCCCGGGCAAAGAGAACCGGUCGAGGCGCCGACACCGACGGCGGCUGGACGGGGGUUGAGUGGUUUUUACAAGGGGCAUCCAUUUUCUAGAAGCCUUACCCUGGACUGCGACGCUGACAGUCUCUUGGUGCGUUUAUCACAGCAGCCACUACUACGUAUUAGCAAGGCCAAGAGUCUGGGCAGGAUGGCAAAGCCAACCCGCAUCCGCGGACGCGGGCACCAAAAUGGGCCAAGACGAACGACAAGCAGCUGUUGAUGUGCAGAGUACUCCGUACGUAGCACACUACUUGUGCGGCGGCAGGCAGU